AUGGUGACCUCCCCAGGCAGUGAAGAAGAGGCGCAGACGUUGAGCCGGGCGCUGGUCCUCCUGAAGGGGCUGAUCAGCGCGGUGGACCAAGAGGUCCUGGAGCUAGACCGAACACGCAGGCUGCAGGAGAUCCAGGCCCGGCUGGACCCUCGGGCCCAGGCCGAGGUCCAGGGGGGGGGCGUCUUCAGGGGGGGGGAGCUGCUGAGGAGAAGACUCCUGCAUGAGGGGACGCUGCUGCUGAAGCUGCAGGGAUCCAGGAUGAAAGAUGUCCAGGUCCUGCUGAUGUCAGACAUCUUGGUUUUCCUUCAGGAGAAAGAUCAGAAGUUCACCUUCCCUUCACUGGACAAGUCCCCCGUGGUGUCCCUGAACAACCUGAUCGUGAGGGACAUAGCCAAUCAGGAGCGAGGGAUGUACCUGAUCUCCGCCUCCACACCGCCCGAGAUGUACGAGCUGCACGUGUCCUCCAGAGACGACCGCCGCACCUGGAUGGGCCGCAUCCAGGACGCCGCGCUCAGCUGUCCGUCCAGAGACGAGUUCCCUCUCAUCGAGACGGAAGACAAAGCUCUACUCAGACGACUCAGAGGUACCACCUCCUGUCUCUCAACUUAA